CAUUCAUUAACGCCGAGCGGAGAGAGAGCUAGAGAGAGAGAGAGAGAGAGAGGACACGGAGAGAGAGAGCAGCUCUGCUUUAGCACAGCAGCAGUCUUUCACACGACGGAGAAAAAGGGAAAACAACGAAAACGAAAACACAAAAACAAGAAGCAGAAACUUUUUUUGGGGUGGAAAAAAAAUCCGAAAUCGAAGCGGACUUAUAAAAUGAUCAAAUGUACCCGGAUGUACGUGUGACGUUCAGACCAGACCGUGCGCGAGACUGAAGACGGACGGAGAGGAUUUUUGUUUAUUUUUUUUUAAUUUGAUUUUUUUUGGUUUCUUUAUUUGGUCAUUUUUUAAACCUGAAUGCUUCAUCGUCCACGGACUAAAUCGGAAUCUCCUCCCAGCUCUACAGCCCGCACUAAAGGGCUUUAUUAUUGUUAUUAUCAUUAAUACUAUUUUAAUGCUAUCAUUUUCACCUCCAACGUGGAUUUAACGUAUUUUUCCUGGGAUCAGAUCAACGGCUUGGAGUAUCCCGUCUUAUAUGGAUGUACAGCGAGAAUCGUGAGAGUUUUUUGAGCAUUUUGGAUGGACGAGAGCAGCACUGGCUGAUGGAGUCAGAGCUGUGGAUGAGCGCAUAUAGGUCGUCAGAUGAGACUAGAGUCCGUGCCUGCGCAGGGAGUCGCUGAUCGGGUCAGAUGGAUCGUCGCGGUCACCGCGGAGCCACCGGGUCAGUGGCGGUGAUCCGGGAGCCGGGCGGAGAGCGGCUGGACCUGGACCUCCCGGCCGGAGCCAUCCUGUCUUUGGAGCAGAUCCGAGCCAUCCGCUCGUCCAACGAGUACACGGAAGGUCCCGCCGUGGCAGCGCGUCGGCCUCCUGCCCCGGCACCUCGCCUCAAUGACAAGCACGAGAGGACUCACGAGGUCAUCCUCGUCAAUGUGAACAACAACUAUGAGGCGCGGCCUACGGCCACCAGGCCACCCGCCCUCAGCCGCUCGACCAGCAUGGGCAGCGCUGGGAGUUCUGGCAGCAGCGGGAGUGCUUCUUCAGAGCAGGGCUUGCUGGCCCAGUCACCACCGUCACGCCACCAACACCACCGUCAUCACCACCACCACCAUCAUAAUAACAGGCCGGAACAGGCCGUUCGGACUCAGCCCAAAUCCCUGAGCUCGCCCAUGCAGCCACUUCUACCAGUGGAUGCCCUGUUGAAGCAGCCAGUGGGCUUCGGGCCACCUCUGGCCGGAAAGGGCGACCUUUCGCCCUCGUCUCCACACCAGUUCAUCUGCGAACGUUGUGGGAAGUGCAAAUGCAGUGAAUGCACGGCGCCCCGCAUGCUGCCCUCGUGCCUAGCCUGCAACGGUCAGUGCCUUUGCUCAGCCGAGAGCCUCGUAGAACAUGGCACAUGCAUGUGCCUGGUCAAGGGCCUCUUCUACCACUGCUCCAACGAUGAUGAUGACGGUGAUUCGUGCGCGGACCGACCGUGCUCGCUGUCGCGCCCCCGCUGCCUGCCCCGUUUCCUCUGCAUGGGCCUCAUGGCGCCCCUCUUCCCCUGCCUGCUCUGCUACCCUCCAGCCAAGGCCUGCGUGAAGGCUUGCCAGCACCUCCAUGACCGCAUAAACAGGCCAGGGUGCCGCUGCAAAAACUCCAACACCGUCUACUGCAAGCUGCAGGGCUGGGGUCAAGGACAAGGUCACGGACUGGGACAGGGCAAGCCCUCCUGAGGCCCGGCCCAGUGUCCAGAUCCACAGGAAAACAUGCAGAGGAACUGAUUAAGGGCUGAUUUUUUGGUUAGUCCAGUGCAGGUGCCCACUGUAGCCCCGCCCACCCUGAUCUGGGAGGAAGAGGAUGGACCAUGAUGAUGAUGGAGGUGACUUCACCAUCAAAACUCUUCUAUAAAACAAUCCCCUCUUCCUUGCCUGGUCUGCUGCUAGGAGAAUGGAGAAUGGAAAAUCAAAACCACUUUGUUGUCACUUCUGACGCUGAGCAGAAUUUGUUUUGUUUUAUUUAGUUUUUCUUUAUUUAACAAACCAGUGUUUGCCUUAACUGACUGUGGGACUGUCCAGCUACUCGCUAACGUUAAAAAAGUGUGUGGGGGGGGGAGCAAGAAAGCUGACUGGUGCUGCAGGUUUGCCGAGAGAACGAGCAAUGGCCUCCUACCGAAUCUGUGAAGGACUGUCUAGCCAGACCAUAAUAUGUAGCUGUUACCAGAUCUCCAUAGCAACCUGGUAUUGUUUGACGAGGGUUGCGGUAAAUGGGUCCCUGUGGCCGCACACGUUUCCACGGAAACGACCCUCCCUCUCAUAGUAUUCCCGACGCUAUUCCUGAACAGAAACGGACAUUCCGGACACAAUUCCGGACAGAUGUCGUUCCUUCGCCACCCAAACACUUACUCAAACACUCCGUGGCAUUCUGACUUGUUUUUGUUUUGUUUUGUUUUUUUUUUUCUUUUCCUCCCUCAUAUUUUUGUAAAUUGUAUGUUCAAAUUCAUAAGAGAAAAUUCCGGCUAUUUUUUAAGAAAAAAACAAAAGAAAGAAAAUGUCUGUUAAAACUUUUUUUUGUCAUUGUAAAAAAAAUAUUUAUUAAGUGAAGCUCUAUUAUUUUAUGAUAUUUAUUGCAAAAAGACAGUCUUAGAUUUACUCAUGUCUGAAUAUAACAAAAUAUCAAUACUGAAAAAAUGAAAGGGUGACACGAAAGAAAAUGCUAUGUUAACUUUACUGCAGAAAUAUAUUAAUUAACGAAAAAUA